UAUAUCAAUCUUUAACCCUAGUUCAGUCAUAACCAAUGUAUUCUUUCCCAUAUUUGCCUCUGAACGUUCGAAUGUUAUUCAAUUCACAUUCCAUUUCCUACUCCUACUUAUUAUGGGAUACCACUCUAAAUAUCUACUGCCAGUACUCAUUAGCAAAAUCUCUACAGUUGAUUAACAAUCUCUCUCUCUCUCUCUUCCCCUUACUCUCAUAUUAGAGUUUUUCUGUUGUUUAUAGAAGCAAAAACAAGAUGAAGAAGCAUGGUUCGAGGCUUUUGACACAGAAAGAUAUGAAAGACAGCCCUAAAAAGUUAAGUGAAUUUGAGAAAUUAGUGGAAGUGUGUAGAGUUGCUAGAGAUUUGUACUAUCAAGAAAAUUCAGCUCUAAUCAAAAAAGAUAUUAAUUCCAUCGGUUGUUCUGUUUUUAAUCAAGUUGGGCAGGUUUAUGAUAAAUCUUGGGGGAGAAAGCAUGUUCAAGAAGACGGUGUUCUUUUCUCUGAGACUGAAAUCUUGGUUGAUUCUACUUCUUGCACCUCCCGAGAAGAGAUGCUUAAGCGAUCAAAGACGAAGCGAAACAACAUUGGUUCUGUUUGUUGUUCGGUUUUGGAUCACGGGGGGCAGGUUUAUGAUAAAUCUUGGGGGAAGAAGCCAAUUCAAGAAGAUGCUGCUAUGUUUUGUAAGGAUGAAAUCUUGGAUGGUUUGACUCAUGGCAACUCAUGUGUAGAGAUGUUUAAGGGAUCAAAGAUGGAGAGAGGAGAGUCUUCGUCGGCUAGGUUCUGCAAGUUGAAGAUAAAGAUACGAGGGGAUAAUCAUGAUUAUGUGGAGGGCAAGAAAGUGGGAAAGUGGAAUGAUUACAAUGGGGAUUUUCUGAACAAGAAGUCUGAUCUUGUUCAAGGAGAAGUGUUUAGUUGUGUGAGGAAGGGGAAAAGGUCAAGAAAGUUCUUUGAUUCGUUUGAAGACGAUCAGGAUUAUGAUUAUUGUUUUGAGCAGAAGAAGAAGCCGAGGGUGAGGAGUAUUUGCAAUGCAAGGCAGAAAGUUGUGAGCGUAACAUCACCACUGCCAGUAGAGUUCAAGAAUAAAAUUCAAGAAAUAAGGGGUACUGAUAUCAAGUUGAUGAUUCAAAAGUAUCUUUUCUCUACUGAUAUGGAUGAUAAUCAGAAUAGAUUUUCGAUCCCAAUGAAACAAAUCAGAGAAGAUUUUCUUACGGAUGAAGAAGAAAAUAUCUUGGAUCAGCGCAUUAAAAACAAUCAUGUCAUGCCAAUGGUGGUGCCAUUGAUUGAGCCAAAUCUUGAAAAGACACAAAUUAAUUUCCGAAAAUGGGCCGUGAAUUCCUCAUAUGUUCUGAGCAGUCCCUGGAAUGAUAUUAGGGAUAGGAACGCGCUAAAAGUUAACAUGGAAAUGCAACUAUGGUCUUUUCGAGUUGAUGGAGCACUGAACUUGGCACUGGUUAAAGUUUAAAAUGGCCAUGAACAAGAUCGUGAAAUUGACGUUCCUUGUACAAGUCAGAUUAGAAAAGAAUUGUGCAUUAAACAGUAGGUGCUAGAGACUAGAGUAGAUUGAUUCUGGAAUAGGGAAAGAGGAACAUGGUCGGCAUCCUGUCGAGUUCAGAUAUGAUGCAGCAGUUUCGAGUCCUGACAAACUAGAGGGUGGUAUUGAAUAUCAGCUGUGAUAGUUGGUUAAUGGUUAUUAAUUUAGGUUAACUCUGUUUUUAUUGCACUUUCUGAGUUUGAUUCCGAAUCUGUUGCUGUGAAAUUGGGUUGUUAAUUUUGAAGCUAAUGAAAUCUUUCGUAUAUAUUCAUUUCA